UUUAUUGUUUAUGUACCAAUAACGCAUUGUCCGGAUGAAACAACUAGUAGGUAAAUGCAUUUAGGUUUUUUUUUUAGCACUUUAGUCUUCAUUACUGUGCCGUGUUGAGUAUUCGCAUCGUUCGUAGAAAAAUUUCAAACUUCAAGGUGCAUUAUUUGUUGCGUGGGCGUUCUUAGAAGCGAACGCGAACGAGUGAAAUUUUUUACUCCAUGUGUAGAUAUAAUGUGUUUGCGCGAUAAUGUCUCGAAAAUUAGUAAAGUUUGUUAUACUGUUCGAUAACACGAAUGUGUUGUAUUUCCCAGGACAAUUCCUCAGUGGGCGAGUGAUUGUCGAGUUGAAUGACGAUACACCAGCUUUAGGUCUUCAUUUUCACGUCGUUGGCGAAGGCGUGGUAAGACUACGUAAUAGAAAACAAGAUAAAAGCUAUGAACGAGAGAAUUACAUCGAUUUUCGAAUGAGACUGCUCGGCGAGCCAGGCCAGCCACCUUUACUUCUGUCACCUGGUAUACAUAGUUUUCCAUUUAAACUAGGUCUGCCUUUAGGUUUACCGUCGACAUUUUUUGGUAAAAAUGGCUGGGUUCAGUAUUUCUGCAAAGCAGCUCUCAGAGAACCCAAUGGUCUUACUCAUAAAAACCAGCAAGUAUUCAUUGUGAUGAAUCCCAUCGAUCUUAAUUCGGAGCCUUCGGUUUUAGCACAACCAUUUCGCUGUGAUAUGGAACACAAGUUCGGAGUCAGCUGUCUGAAAUCAGGAGCAGUCUUAUGUAGAGUAGUAUUAAACCACGGAGGAUACGUACCCGGUGAAACGAUCCUAGUAUCAGCAAUUAUACGUAAUCGAAGCAAGAUUCACAUCAGAAGUACCAAAGCUUCACUUCGAGAGACAAUCGAGUACAUGGUGAAGAAUAAAGUAGUACAUUCGGAGACUAGAGAAUUAUCGUCGGUUAAACGAGGUAAAAUUCAUUCUGGAGAAGUCGACGAAUGGAGAAAUGAACAAUUAUUUGUACCUCCUUUACCACCGACUAAUUUACGAGGAUGUCAUAUUAUCUCAGUGCAAUACGAUGUCUAUUUCAUUAUCGAGCCCAAAGGUUUAGAAAAAGAAGUCAAAAUCCAAUUACCAAUUCUGCUAGGAACUUACCCAUUCCAUUCGGAUGAUUACGACUCGUCGAGGAAACCCGAAGCUCAUUACCCUACAACGCUGCCAAUUUUCAGACCUUGGCUGGAGCACAAAUCUCAUUAAUUCUUUCACUAUUCGUCUCACAAUCUACUCGUAUUUUGUAACUCUUAAUUCACCUACGAUCGAACGACGACCAUUCGACAGGAAACAGAUGUCGUUUGUGCAGACGCGAUGAGGAUUCAGUUGCGUUAAUUAUUGUUUAAACGCGUUGCGAGUUGUAGUAUGAAAAUUCUCAUAAUUAAAUGCAAUAAUAAUAGAUGAAGCGAGCAGUGAAAUGAUUUUCGAGAUUUCAUUGAAAAUAAUUUACAUUCGUAAUAAUUUUACCGUUAUACUAAUUUAAUCUUGAAAAGAAAAACGAUCGGAGAAAUAUUCACGUGGUUCGGAUUUGCUCAAAAUUAUGUAUUUUAAAAUUUGUAUAAGUAUUGUGGAAUAAAACGUAAUGAAAUUGUUGCUUUA